GUGGAGCAUGAAGUGUAGAAAGCAAUUAGUACUAUAAUAACACAAAUCCAAAGCAAGAAACAAUUGGCAUGGUGAGUAGACAACCAUGCAAUUGCAAACCGCAGCAAGCAAACGUGCACAGUAGAUAGAUCAAGAUGGCCCCUCCACUUUCACAAUCAAUUCAUCAAACCCCACACACAAUAAUACUACUACUAUCAAGAUUUGAUUGAGCUUUUCCACCGCUCAUGUCGUGAGUUUGUUUUUGGCUCAAAUGAAACAAAAAAAAGAUAAUUGUUGAUUGUUGAUGAUGGAGCAGAGUAGUGAUGAAUUGGGUGCGGCAAUUGAGAUGUCGUUCAAGAAGAAAGCUGCGGUUCCGAGGAAUUGGAUGGUGGUGGACAGCUGUGGGGAAGGGAUGAUUGUCGAUUGGGAUAAGUUUGAUAUCAUGAGACGCCUCUCCAUUAAUGGCAGAGACCUUAGGAUUCUUGAUCCUCUCCUCUCUUACCCUUCUGCUAUUCUUGUCAGAGAUACCGCCAUUGUCCUCAAUUUGGAGCAUAUCAAGGCGAUUAUAACCACAGAUGAGGUGUUGUUGAGGGAUCCUCUUGAUGAGAAUGUGGCCCCAAUUGUUGAGGAGCUGCAGAGGCGACUGCCUCUUGGCAUUGGUCGCGGUGAAGGAGAAGAAGAGGAGCUGCUAGAAGCGCGCAGUGCUGGUGAACUAGACUCUAAUGAACUAGUAACAGAUUUCCCAUUUGAAUUUCGAGCGCUAGAAGUAGCAUUGGAAGCCGUGUGCAGCUCCCUCGAUGCACAAACUAGAGAACUCGAGAUUUCUGCUUAUCCUGCAUUGGAUGAGCUCACGGCUAAGACAAACAGCACAAACUUGGACCGUGUGCGCAAGAUGAAGAGUUCUAUGACAAGAUUGACAAGUCGGGUUCAAAAAGUGAGGGAUGAACUAGAGCAACUACUGGAUGACGACGAUGACAUGGCUGAUCUGUAUCUCUCAAGGAAGAUGGCUAUGUCAGCUUCCGUCUCCACUGAAUCUCUAAAAACAGAAUCAAGAUUUUAUAGCAGCAGUAGCAAGGGAAGUGCAGUAACCACUACUCAAGAAGAGAAUAAUGUUGAUGAACUUGAGAUGCUACUUGAGGCUUAUUUUAUGCAAAUUGAGAGCACUAUGAACAAGCUGACUACGUUGAGGGAGUAUAUUGAUGAUACAGAAGAUUACAUUAAUAUUCAGUUGGAUAAUCAUCGGAAUCAGCUAAUUCAGCUGGAGCUGUUUCUGAGUUCAGGCACAGUGUGUUUGGCUGUGUAUUCUUUAGCAGCAGCUAUUUUUGGAAUGAAUAUUCGAUAUCCAUGGAGGGAAAACCAUGGCUUCCUAUUCAAAUGGGUUGUGAUGGUUACUCUAGUUGUUUGUGGAUUCCUUUUUCUGUGGAUGAUCUCUUAUGCUCGACAUAAGGGUCUUGUUGGUUCUUGAUAGUACAACAUUUUGUUACAUUAACCUUGAUAAAGAAAGAGUAUUUUUUUAGUA